AAAUGUUUUGUAGCGAGUAUCGACCAUAACUGUUGUUGGAGCCAACUGUAAAGUGUUAAACUAAUGGCAACCAAAUCGCCGGACAGACCAGCCGAGCCUCCGUCUAUCGCCACCGAUACUCCGUCUAUCGCCGUCGAAGCUCCAUCAACCGCAGCCGAAACUCCAUCUACCGCCGCCGAAACGCCUCAAACUCAACUUCAACCUUCGACUUCUACUCCUCCUUCUGCAAAGCCGCUACCACCGACGGCGAAACCAGAGGUCCCAUUGCCAGAAUCCAAAACGUCAAACGAUCCAAGCUUAAUCUUAGUCCCAAGUCACUCGAGAUGGUUCUCAUGGGAUUCAAUUCACGAAUGCGAAAUCCGUCUCAUUCCAGACUCUUCCAAGAACCCUAGGGUUUACAAAUACUACAGAAACUCCAUCGUUAAAAUUUUCAGAUUCAAUCCCAACAGAAAAAUAACAUUCACGGAUGUCCGCAAAACGCUCGUUGGUGACGUCGGUUCAAUCCGAAGAGUCUUCGAUUUUCUGGAAGCUUGGGGUUUAAUCAAUUACCAUCCUUCUUCGGCGCUCAGUAAACCCUUCAAAUGGGAAGACAAAGAAUCCAAAACCGACUCAACAUCAAAUUCCACGGAAUCUCCUUCUCCGGCGCCUGUCAGAGAAACCGCUAAGAGAGUUUGCAGUGGUUGCAAAGCUCUCUGUGCCAUUGCUUGUUUUGCCUGUGAUAAGCAUGAUAUGACUCUCUGUGCGAGGUGUUUUGUUCGCGGCAACUAUAGAGUUGGUAUGAGUAAUUCAGAUUUCAAGAGAGUGGAGAUAAGUGACGAGACCAAGACCGAAUGGACUGAGAAGGAAACACUGAAUCUUCUUGAAGCUAUUACCAAAUUUGGUGAUGAUUGGAAGAAGGUUUCUCACAAUGUUGUUGGUAGGACUGAGAAGGAAUGCGUUGCUCGUUUUCUCAAGCUUCCUUUUGGUGAUCAAUUUCUGCAUUAUCAACACUCAGUGUCUGCUCCUCUCACUGAUGAUGGUUCUGAUCAGUUGAAGCCUUCUGCUGAUGCUGAUUGUGAAUCUGAAACUGUUGCCUCAGCUAAAUCUAAUAAGAGAAUGCGUCUCACACCUCUUGCAGAUGCAAGCAAUCCUAUUAUGGCUCAGGCUGCUUUUCUUUCUGCUUUGGCAGGGACAGAGGUUGCCCAAGCUGCGGCUCAAGCUGCACUGACAAGUCUGUCUGAUCUUUAUAAGUCAACUAGAAUUAAUUAUCGGUCAUUUCCAAAGAAUACAUUGCAUCAAGAUGCUGGUGUGACAUCUAACGGUGGUAAUGCUUCAAAUUCUAUUGAAGGAUCUCUACUGCGUGCAAAUAUACAGUGUGAGAAAGAAGAAUCAGAUGUGGAAAAAGCAAUUUCUGAUAUUAUAGCAGUUCAGAUGAAAGAUAUCCAAGACAAGGUUAUUAAUUUUGAGGAUUUAGACCUGCUAAUGGAAAAAGAACGCCUGCAGUUGGAGCAGGUGAAGAAUUUGUUUUUCCUUGAUCAGCUUAAUCUUUUAUUUCGUAAUAAAACAUCUGCACCGAAGAGUGGAGAAGGCCCAGAAAACAAUAAUGUAAAGAGGAAUUGAUGACUGAUGAGUCUUAGUUAACUAUUGAGCGUAGGUUUAGUUGAAUGUAAACAAUUUUCCUUUUUAAUUUUUCUGCACUCCUUUUGCUUUGGUUGUGAAGUCACUGGAGUGUUUGUUCAAUAUUAUUGUAACAAUAUCUUCAUAUCAUUGUAGACUUUUCAUCAGAUAUAGUCAACUUGCUCACUCAUUCCUGCUUAAAAA